AUGCCUUGGUGGUCGGACCCCGGCAAGGAGGUCCUGAACAUCCUGUUCAACCGCGUCCUUGCCCCCUAUGUCGAGAACUUGGACAUGAACCAAUUGAACUUUGGAAUAGGACAAGGCCAAAUCACUUUGAAUAAAUUGCAUCUGAAGAAGGGCGCGUUAGACAAGUUUAGGCUGCCGGUAGACGUCAUUGAUGGCCACCUGGGGAAGCUGUCCCUCUCCCUCCAUUGGAUGAACCUCGGGAACCAGCCGGUGGAAGUCCUUGUCGAAGAUGUCUACCUCCUCGUCGUCCCUUCCGCCCAAAAUGCAUACGAUGCCGAAGAAGAGGAGCGCCGCAUGCAGGCCGCUAAAUUUGAACGUCUAGAGAACGCCGAGCUGCUCAAUGUCCGCACACGAGCGGAUGCAAGCCCAGACAACGCGCAGUCGCAGGGCCUCGUUUCCUCGCUCGUGACGAAGAUCAUCAACAACCUGCAGAUUACUGUAAGGAACAUCCACAUUCGGUAUGAGGACAAUAUGAGCGUGCCCGGGCAUCCGUUUGCGGCCGGCAUUACUCUGGCCGGCUUCACUGCAGUCUCGGUCAACGAGCUUUGGCAGCCCGCAUUCAUCGAUAGCAAGGCCGGCGCAGUGCACAAGCUUGCACGUCUGGAAUCUCUGGCCGUCUAUUUCGAUACUGAUUGUCAAAGUCUAGCCGGACUUCCGUACGAGGAGUUCAUUUCAAAAGGCAGUCGCCUCUCACCUCACCAAUUCAUCCUCAAACCCGUAUCCGGAGAGGGCAAGAUCAUCAUCAAUCAUCAAUACGACAAAGAACACCCUCAUUUCGAUAUAGCGCUCUCGUUCGACGAGAUCGGCGUGCUGCUCGAUGACAACCAAUACCGAGACGCCAUCUCUCUCGUCGACAUGUACCACUUCUACAUUCGACAGCACCAGUACCAGAAAUAUCGCCCAGCCGCGACAGCGCUGCAGGAGAAUCGGCCGAAGGCCCUGCUCCAAUUUGCCACCACGGCCAUUUUGGAUGAGGUUCGCGAACGCAAGCGGAAAUGGACGUGGGCAUACUUUGCCGAGCGCCGAGACGAUCGGCACCGUUACAUUGACCUAUUCAAGCGGAAGCAGUUGGGUUCUCUCACUCCAGCGGACGCCGGCAUGCUGGAGGCUUUAGAGCGGAAGCUUUCAUACGACGAUCUUCGAUUAUACCGGUCCAUUGCUCGUUCCCAGCUCCGCAAGGAUAUGGCGACACGACGAAAGCUGGAAGAAGAGCGGAGGCGUCGGGAGCCGCAGAAGCAGCAGUCAUGGUCCACGUGGAUAUGGGGUUCGUCUGAAUCUGGGCCCAGCAACGACGAGGCCGGCUUCUCGGGCGAAAUGACGGACGAGCAGCGGCGCGAGCUCUACCAAGCGCUCGACUUCGACGAGAAGGCCGCGCUCGCCGAGUCGCUCGACACCCCGCGUGAUGCACUCAAGGUGCGCGUGAAAGCCCAGCUCAACCGCGGCUCGUUCGCGCUCAAGACGGAUCCACACGGCACGAACACCGAGAUCAUCUCCGUCGUGUUCGACAUCUUCCAGGCGACGUUCCUGCAGCGCCUAGACAAUUUCGAAACGUCGCUAUCCCUCGGCGGGUUCGCCGUCCGCGACGGCACGACGAAGAACACAGAGUACCCGCUCAUCGUCCACGUACAGGAGAAGCGGAGCCAGAGCGAUGUCGUCAAGACGCUCCCCGUUGAGAACGCGCUUCCUGGCAUGCCUGACCCGUUCUUUUACCUCAAAUUCGAGCGCAACCCGCUCGACGAGCGCGCGGACAGCGCAUUGACGGUUCGCAUGAGGUACAUGGAGAUAGUGUAUCACAGAGGAUACGUCGAGGCGGUCUACAAGUUCUUCAAGCCACCGAGAGCCAGCUCGAAGACGAGGAUUGGUCUCGAGUACGCGCUGCAAACCCACAAGACCAUCGACGUGCAGAUGGACCUCAACGCGCCGAUCAUCAUCGUUCCUGAAGGUGUGACGACAACGCAAUGCAAGCACCUACUGAUUGAUGCGGGUCACAUUUCCAUUGUCAGCGAACUGGCCAGCAAAGAGUCGGUCCGAGAAAUUCACGCCAAGCGGAACAAGAAGUACACCCAGGCCGAUUACGACCACCUCGCGUCAAUGAUGUACGAUCGCCUUUCCGUCAAGCUCGAAGCCGCUCAGUUCUUGAUUGGCGAUGACCUCGACUCAUGUCUAAAAGCCCUACGGUCCAAAGAGCAAGACAACCUGCACCUACUCGAGCGCACGAAUUUCAACCUGCAGGUCCAGAACUCGAUCGUCCCCACCGCGUACAGCCUAGCACGCUUCAAGCUUUCCGGGCACCUUCCGGUGUUAGAAGUCAAUAUGUCGGACACCAAGUACAAGGCUCUGAUGCGCCUUAUCGACGUUGCCAUCCCGCACUUUGACGACGGUGCAGCAGAAGCCCGAGCUUCCUCCGUCGAGCGACCCACGAUUGCGCGACGACGCCACAUGUCGACUGCCUUCAAGAUUCCCUCCGGCUUCUUCGGCUCGGCCUCGGAUGAGCUCGCCAUCGAAACCGACGAUGAAGACGCCCAUGCCACGGCAGACUCUGUGACAAAGCUGAGGGCCGAUGGGAUGACGGAAACCAAGGAUGACGCGGACGAUGAGUUCUUCGUAGCGGAUGUCGGAGCGGCUUCCGAUCCCGCGCUCCAUCAACAUGUGGUCGAAAUCGACUUCAAGGUCGACACGCUGCGGGCCUCGCUGUACAAAUCCGCGUCUGACGGGACGGAGAAGCCGUUGGGCAAUGUGGCUUUCCAAGGUUUCGGCCUCACGUACUCAAUGGAGAAGUUCGUCAUGAAGGUAGAUGUCAACCUCAGGUCGCUGUCGAUGCACGUGAACCAAGUCGGGAAAGAGCCUCUGGAGUUCAUGUCCUCUGCUGCUGGACCGACGGAGGACGAUCUGCUCAUCGUCAAAUACGCCCGCGUGCAGCAGACGUCGCCGGAGUAUCAGCAAGUCUACGAGGGUAUUGAUCAGAACGUGAACGUCAAAAUCUCCACCUUCUUGUUCCGUGCGGCGCCGGAACCUGUCGUGACCUUGUACGACUUCAUCAUGACAACUUUCGUCCCAAAAAACAAUGGGAACGUGCAGGUCAACUCUGCCCCGGGUACGCCCGAGGGCGGAACUCCGGAGGCCGUUGUGACGUCUGACCCGUCGUCUGGGAAGAUAAGGGUGCUGUUGACCCUAGAGGGCAUCCAAGUAUUCCUAAUCAACGAUGAGGUGCAAAUUGCGACACUGUCCCUUUCGACCGCAUAUGUGGCGAUCCUUCUUCGUUCAAAUACCAUGCGUAUCAACGGUCGCUUGGGCAGCCUUGCUCUCAAUGAUGAUUCGCCCAUUCAGACCGCCUCUGCCGACUUCAAGCGCAUUCUCUCCAUCGAGGGCGACAACUUCGCGGACUUCACUUAUCAGACGUUUGACCCGAACGAUCAUGAGACGUACGCAGGCGUCAAGUCCUCCAUUUCAUUGCAGACCGGGUCGCUCAAGGUGCAUUACCUGGAACACACUCUGCAUGACGCGUACUUCUUCAUGAUGAAGCUGGCCAAGCUGAAGGGUCUGUAUGACGCAGCCACCACUGUCGCCGUGCAGCGGGCUUCCGAGAUCGAACGCAUGAAGUUUGACGUGUCCAUCAGCACUCCAAUCAUCGUGUUCCCCUCCGACGCCCAAAAAUCCCUUGACGUACUGACACUGCGACUGGGCUCGUUGAAAGCACACAACGCUUACGACGAUGACGAUAAUCGCACCAUUGCUGGUCUGCAUGGUAUUCAGUUGACGUCGCGGGUGGACAAUGCCGGCCUGCCUGCGGAACUCAAGCUCGUCGACGACAUCAACAUCGACGCCCAAGUCACCCAGAAGGCGAACAUCGAUCGCUCAAAUGACCUUGAUUGUCCUGACACAGAGGUCUCUGUCAAAAUAUCUGACGUCCGGCUCCACCUCACCCAGACACAGUACUGUUUGGUCAUCGCUCUUCUCCAGUCCAUCCCCAAGGUCUUCGCGGAUGUUCCUGAUGCGACAUCUCUCACCACUCCCACUCUCCCUUCGUCAGUGACCGCGUCCGACAUCCAAAGCCGCCACGACAGCACGACGGAGAGCUCGGUUACACCCGUGGACCUCCGUCCAGAGCUAGCGACCCAUCCUUCAAGCGGCGCGGCUCGCCCGUACACUACACUAGACCUGGUGGUCACUAUCGGCGCGGUUAAACUCCAUCUCUACGAUGAACACGCCACGACUCCAGAGAACGUCAAGGAGCAUGGGAUCGCUAGAUUCACUCUAGGCGACAAUAGUCUUCGCUUCAAGAUGCUAUCCCACGGCGCCAUGGAGGCUCAGAUCGUCCUGAAGUCCAUGAUGAUGAACAACACUCGCCCAGGGAAUUCGAAGUUCCGGGAGAUUAUGCCUGCGGCUCAACACGAUCGGAACCAGGUCAUGCUCCUGUACACGUCCUCUGGCGGACCGACAAGUCAAAGUCUUGCUAUCCUGACCGUCGACUCACCGGAGGUCAUCUUCGCCAUCGACCCUGUGUUCGCCCUUUUGGAGUUCUUUACCAGCGCUUUCUCCUCUUCUCCUGCCCCAUCGCCCGACGUCGAACAGGAGACCGCAGUCACUCAAGUUGCACAUCCUUCCCAGCCGUCCAACUCGAGCACGUUUGAUUUCCGGUUUGAUCUGCAUGACGUCUCUGUCAGCAUUCUCGAGGACGACGCGAUGAUCAACACCCAGGCGAUCCGACUCACCGUCAAGCAAUUGCUCGUGUCUCAACAGGGCAUCUUCGCUGUGAGCGUGAAGCAGGUCGGGAUGUCCUUGACUCGCAUGGGAAAGCCCGCGGAGAGCGUGCGGUUCCUCGAUGACAUGGACCUUACUUUCACCCUAGACAGUCGCUCCGGAGAAGCGCACCAAACGACCAGCAUCGAGAUCACUGCGUUGCCGAUCGUCUUCCGUGCAUCGUACCGCGACAUCAUGCUCAUCAUGGCCAUCGUCAACAAGGCCAUCGCGCUCUACGGCAAUUCAACUCAGCAGCCAACCGAGGACAAGUCUGAGGCUAAGACGCUCGGCAGACCUCAGUACCAGACCCGUAGAGUGUCGAAGCCUACGAUACGCUCUCAACCUGUCGGAAGUGCGCGUGUGAUCAUGAGCAAGGAGCAGUUCAAAGGCUCGUUCGAAGGAUUCCGCCUAGUUCUCAUCGGCGACCUGCACGAGCAGCCUCUUUUGCAUCUAAGAGUCAAGCCCUUCAUACUCGGCGCGAAGGAUUGGUCUGGAGAGCUUCAAGCUACGUCCACGUUGUCAACCCACAUCAGCUACUGGAACUUGACGAACUCCCACUGGGAACCUUUGAUUGACCCUUGGACUUUCACGGCGAACAUCUCUAAAGAAUCAGCCGUCAGCGGUAUGAAGCUGUCAAUCAAUUCCAACCAACGCCUUGACGUCAAUCUCACGAUGACCUUUGUCGAGCUUGGCCUGUCGAUGAUGUCUAUGCUCAGUACAGAAGGCGAACACAUGCUGGAGAAGGCCCGUGGGAUCUACGCGCCUUACAAGAUUUGGAACCGGACAGGCUAUCCGAUCUUUAUUUGGUCUGACACUGAAGGAGGCGAGUCACACAAGGAGACCAACACGAAGCAAAUUCCAGCGGGCAAGACGAUCGACUGGAGAUUCAACGACUGGAAGACUAUGCGUGAGCACGUCUCGUCGAGCGGUCACAACAGCAUUGGAGUACAAAUUGUCGGCAAGCAGUGGGAGCACCUCCGAAGUGUUCCGGUAGACCGGGAGGGAGAGUACACGUUCUCGCUCAGGCCUCACACUGGCAAGUUUCCUCAUCGCCUGGUAUGUGAAGUCAAGGUUCAAGGGAAUGUCAAGUUGGUGGAGCUCCGGUCGACAUACAAAGUUGAGAAUCACACUCUAUACCCCUUGGAGCUGACGCUUGUGGACGAGACGGGUCAACCUGUGUAUGCCGUCGAGAAAAUUGUGCCUGGUCAAGACUACUCUCUUCCAGUCGACGCUGUAAGCCAAUGCCGCGUGCGCAUCCAGCCUGAUCAGGGCUUCGGAUACAAGUGGUCACCAGCGGUGCGGUGGGAGGACCUCAUCGCUAAGCGCUCCUUCACUCUGCGUUGUCCUCACACGGACCAGAACGAGGCUGCCUUCCGAUUCCAAGCGUGGGCAGAAGCAGAUGCGAACGACAUAACCUCUAGGAAGCUGCCUCGGAUCACUCUCAAGCUGAGAGCACCCAUCGAGCUCGAGAACCUCCUCCCCUAUAACUUGGAAUACCGGAUCUACGACAAGGAUACGGACCAGAAUUGGAGGAGCUACCUGCGAAAGGGAGGGGUCAUGCCCGUUCAUUCUGUCGAAUUGGGUCACCUCAUCCUGCUCAACGUACAAGUGCAGGAUACAGUCUUCAAGCCGAGCGACUUCGCAAUCAUCAACACCGAUGCGAACUCCGACUUCGAUGUGGAGAGUAAACUGGUUCUGAGAGACGCCAACGGCCGCAAGUUGGACCUGAGGUUGAACUACAUACACUAUCCCAACUCCGGAGGCUCUUUCAAGGUUCAAGUGUACAGCCCUUACAUCGUGCUCAACAAGACGGGCCUGCCGUUCUUCGUGAAACCGGCACGUACACGCAUCGGGGCUCCUAUAGCGAUUGCUGGGGACACGCGUCCAGAGGUGCUCUCGACAACGGCGCCGUUCCUUCUAUCCCACCCCAACGACAAUGGCAAAGACUUCGCCUUCAAGAUCGGAGAUUCGUCUUGGUCCCAGGGCGUGAGCCUCGAUGCCCCAACCGCUGACACCAGGCUUGUCAUGCCUCACCAGAGUCAGGGGACGGAAGAGAUUCAAGUCGGGCUGUCGUGGACAGAAGGUCUCGGCAAGUAUAAGCUGUCGAAGGUCAUAACUCUGGCGCCGCGAUUCAUCAUCAAGAACAACUUCUCCAAGUCUCUCGCCUUCAGGGAACAUGGAUCCGCCCCGCGCGGACGUUCUACCGUCGAACCAGGGGAACGCGUUCCCUUUCAGUUCAUGCGGGUGGGCGAGGACAAGCUGCUCACUGUCGCUUUGCCCGGUCUCAACGCUCUAUGGUCGCCGCCCAUUAACUUGGAGGACAUCGGCACCGUACACUUCCGUCUUCCCAUCGCCGACAAGCAGAUGCGGUUGAUGCGGGCCGAGGUCAAGAUCAGUGGCUCUACGAUCUUCCGACUACCCCUUCACAUUCUCCAGACCGACCAGAGCCGAGUUAAUGCACCGCCAAAUGCGAAGCCACUGCCCACCUACACAGUGCAGGCGAAGUCUGGCGCCAACUACGUAUGGGACCAGCCAGCGGCGCGAGACAAGAGGAUCGUACUCGCAUAUAAGGGCUCUCGUAGAGAGCUGGACAUCAUGGAGAUCGGAGACCUUAUUCCCUUCCGCUUUGCUGGAGAUGAGGGUUCUCGCAUCGUAUCCCUGGACCUUGUACAACCCAAGCGUCGCAAUACCGGUCAGAUCAUGCGACAAGAUUCAGUUGCAAGCAGUCAAGAAGCUUUCGAGGCAGUGCAGGAAAUUGCCGCGCCCACUAUCAGCGUUGUCUUGGAUCUUCACGGUCUCGGAGUGUCACUCGUGAACAAGAGAAUGGUCGAAGUCGUCUACAUGUCCAUAAACUCGUUGAAGUUCGACUACUCAAACAAUCCUGUCUCCCAAUCGGUCAACCUCUCCUCCCACUCCAAUCACCAAGAGUCGAAGACGGUAGCGGCCCUUCCUACUGUACAAGUUGCAGUCAUCUGGUUGAAUGACCAAGAUCAUGGUGUAUUUUUCGUCAAGUAUUGUUCGAUCCUUCUGCAAGCCCUGACAGUAGAAGCGGAUGAAGAUUUCCUCUUCUCUGUGUACGACCUCACUAAGCUCACGGGGGCGUCAUGGGACGCUGCUCAGGAAGAUGUUCUGCUCCAGCAGCCAGAGGACAUUCCUGAACCGCACGGCACGUCGCAAGGACAAGAUCUGUACUUCGAGGUCCUCGAGUUGCAGCCGAUCAAACUGUCUAUCUCGUUCAUGCGCACGGAACGCAUUAGUGGAGAAGAGAAGCUGAGCCUUCGCAAUCCCAUCGCUGUUGUCCUCAACGCGAUCACCAUGGCUAUUGGAAACGUCAAUGACGCGCCUUUGGAGAUGAACGCCUUGGCCAUCAAGGAUAUGCGGCUAACACUCCCUGAUCUCCAGGAGCGCAUUACGCACCAUUACCGCCAAGAAGUCCUCCGGCAACUGUACCGCAUCCUUGGCUCUGCAGACUUUAUCGGGAACCCUGUCGGCCUGUUCACGAACGUUAGCUCCGGUGUCGCCGACAUAUUUUACGAGCCGUUCAAUGGUGUCGUCAUGCACGGGAACAAGGACAUCGGCAUCGGUAUCGCCAAGGCAUGUCAUUCAUCAGCUCCCAUACAGCUCCUGGGGCUAAUUGUGCAACAGGGUGCGGCGAGCUUCGUGAAGAAGACUAUCUUCGGGGUCUCAGACAGUUUCACCAAGUUCACUGGCGCAGUCGGAAAGGGCUUGUCGGCAACGACUUUCGACUCCGAUUAUCAGCUCCGCAGGCGCAUGAACCAGAGACGGAACCGUCCUCGACACGCAAUCUAUGGUGUGGCCGCCGGGGCUGAGGCAUUCGCAAGUAGUGUUGUCAGUGGUGUGGAAGGUGUUGUCCUCAAGCCCAUCGAGGGCGCCGAGUCGGAAGGCGCGAAGGGCUUCUUCAAGGGCGUCGGCAAGGGUCUCAUCGGCGCCGUCACGAAGCCCGUCAUCGGGGUGUUCGAUCUCGCAUCGAACGUCGGCGAAGGGAUCCGCAACACGACUACGGUCUUCGAUAAUCCGGCACGAGAUCGCGUUCGCAUGCCUCGGCUGAUUCCCGCGGACGGCGUACUGGUGCCUUUCUCCGAGCGCGAAGCUCUCGGUCAAUACUGGAUGAAAGACUUGGACCAUGGCGCGUUCCGCGGAGAGACAUACGUCGCGCACAUCAACCUUCCCGGAGGCGACAACGUCGUCUUGCUCACCACGACCAAAAUCAUCUCCUUCUGGUCGAACAAGCUCAAGCUCGAGUGGGAGCUUCCCUUCACGCAAGUCCAGGGCGUCACGAUAGAGGACGCGGGCAUCAAGUUCGCGCACAAGGCUGGCCGGCAGAACGACCGCUUCGUCCACAUCCCCGACAAGCCCUCCCAGACGUGGUUCUUCGGGCAGGUCGCAUCGGUCGUGAAGGCGUUCAACGCGCGGCGGAGGAUGGACUCAUGA